AUGUAUCCUGGUGGGUGGGCUGUGCUGCGCUGGAGUGCAAUGUCGGACGAGGGGGGCAAGGGAGGUUGGUCUGGUAAGCUCGUCACACGCAUUCUGCACACACCACACACGCAAGGUAAUAUCGAAUUGAUUGAGUCACUCGGAAUACAAUGCCCUCAGCACCGAGGCGGCAGUGCUGGUUCCACGCCCACAAAAAAAGCAUGUGUUGCGCCAGCACCAAGCUUGCUUGGCAAAAGGGCGAAGCUGAUGUCUUGUCCCGCCUGCAGCGAAACCCGAGCGGGCUCCCUACCCGAAGAGCUGCUCAACCUGUGCAGCAUCUGGAGUCAAUAA